AUGUGCCAGGUAAUGGACCAGGCACUGGUGAUGCAGAAAGGAUCAAGGCAGGUUGCAGCCCCUGUAGGUGCCCGGGGUAGAGAGGAAAGGCUGGCUGGUGGGCAGGCAAACAUCACCGUGCAGUUCGAUAUGUGUUAUGAUGGGGAAUGGACCUUUUACAGAGGGAGCCCAGGAGAAGAAGUUCCAGUUUCUGUCUGGGGAAGUCAGGCAAGGCUCUUUGGAGGAGGCAGGCUGAGCUAUGACUUGAAGAUGACCAGAAGUUUUCUGGAUAGCCAGGGGAGGGAGAACAUCACAGGCCAAUGA